CCACCAGAGCACGAGCCGACCGCACCUCCAAAUCGAUAGGGUUUUUGCUCUCCCCCCUAGCCCGCCGCCGCCUCCUCCGCCGGCGCCGCCGAUCGCGGUAAAAGGGAGGCUCAAGGCGGCGGCAACAGGCGGGAGAAAUGGCGCAGUCGCUGGAGCUACUGCUGAUCCAGUUCCUGAUGCCGGACAACGACGCGCGUCGGCAGGCGGAGGAGCAGAUCCGGCGGCUGGCGCGCGACCCGCAGGUGGUCCCGGCGCUCGUCCACCACCUCCGCACGGCCAAGACACCCAACGUCCGCCAGCUCGCCGCCGUGCUACUCCGCAAGAAGAUCACCUCCCACUGGCCCAAGCUUCACCCGGACUCCAAGGCGAACCUCAAGCAAGCGCUCAUCGACUCAAUCACGCUCGACCACAGCCAUCCUGUAAGGCGAGCUAGUGCAAAUGUCGUGAGCAUUAUAGCUAAGUAUGCUAUCCCUGCAGGAGAGUGGCCAGACCUGUUACCUUUCCUUUUCCAAUGCAGCCAAAGUCCACAGGAAGAUCAUAGAGAAGUGGCUUUGAUUCUUUUCAGCUCCCUUACCGAAACCAUUGGGGCUACUUUUCAGUCUCAUCUGAAUGAUUUGCAACCUGUUUUGCUGAAAUGUCUGCAAGACGAGACUAGCUCUCGAGUCAGAAUUGCAGCACUAAAGGCUGUCGGAUCUUUCAUAGAAUAUGUCAAUGAUGGAGGUGACAUUGUAAAAAUGUUUCGGGACUUUGUUCCCAGUAUUUUGAAUGUAUCAAGGCAAUGUCUUGCUAAUGGUGAGGAAGAUGUUGCUUCCAUCGCGUUUGAAAUUUUUGAUGAACUAAUUGAAUCUCCUGCACCACUCCUUGGGGACUCUGUGAGGUCAAUUGUACAAUUCUCGCUGGAAGUGUCUGCAAACCAGGAUCUGGAAAUAAAUAUAAGGCAGCAGGCUAUCCAGAUAGUUUCUUGGCUCGCAAAGUUUAAAGCAUCUUUCUUGAAGAAGCACAAGUUGGUUGUACCUAUCCUGCAAGUUAUGUGCCCUUUGCUUACAGAAACAGCUAAUGAAGAUGAAGAUUCUGAUCUAGCAGCAGAUCGUUCCGCUGCCGAAGUUAUAGAUACAAUGGCUAUCAACUUACCGAGACACGUUCUUGCACCAGUUCUUGAGUUUGCUUCUGUGAGCUUUCAUCACACUAACCCGAAGUAUCGCGAGGCUGCUGUGACAUCACUGGGUGUUAUCUCAGAGGGUUGUUGCGAGCAUCUGAAAGAUAAGUUGGAAGAUUGUCUGAAAAUUGUCUUGGAAGCUUUAAAGGAUCAAGAGCAAAUGGUUAGAGGUGCUGCAUCUUUUGCUCUUGGUCAGUUUGCUGAACACUUGCAGCCAGAAAUUUUAUCUCAUUAUGCAAACGUACUUCCAUGCAUCCUAAAUGCUCUUGAAGACCCAUCAGAUGAAGUUAAGGAGAAAUCAUAUUAUGCCCUUGCAGCAUUUUGUGAGGACAUGGGUGAAGAUAUCCUGCCAUAUCUAGAUCCCUUGAUAUGCAGAUUGGUUAUGUCUUUGCAGAGCAGUCCCCGGAACCUGCAAGAGACAUGCAUGUCUGCAAUUGGCUCGGUGGCCGCUGCUGCAGAGCAGGCCUUUACCCCGUAUGCAGAAAAGGUCCUUGAAAUGAUGAAAGGUUUUAUGGUGCUCACUAAUGAUGAAGAUUUGUGUGCAAGAGCUAGGGCUACUGAGGUUGUUGGGAUAGUAGCAAUGGCAGUUGGCAGAGCAAGAGUUGAAGCGAUACUGCCUCCUUUUAUUGAGGCUGCUAUUUCUGGUUUUGGAUUGGAUUACAGUGAACUUAGAGAAUAUACUCAUGGUUUUUUUAGCAAUGUUGCUGAGAUUUUGGGUGAUAAUUUUACACAGUAUCUUCCUCACGUUGUACCUCUCGUAUUUUCUUCGUGCAACUUGGAUGAUGGUUCUGCUGUGGACAUUGAUGAUGCUGAUAGUGUUGAAAAUGGAUUUGGCGGUGUUUCUUCUGAUGAGGAUAACGAUGAGCCAAGAGUUAGAAAUAUCAGCGUGAGGACUGGGGUAUUAGAUGAGAAAGCUGCUGCAACACAGGCUAUUGGUUUUUUUGCACUACACACGAAGAGUGCCUAUGCUCCGUAUCUGGAGGAGUCGCUGAAGAUUUUAAUCAGGCACAGUGGGUAUUUCCACGAAGAUCUGAGGCUCCAGGCAGUUAUUUCUUUGAAACAUAUUCUAACUGCAGUUAGGGCAAUACCACCUACACAUGCUGAUGUACUAGAGAAACAGAAGGAUGUCCUUGAUACUGUUCUGAACAUCUACAUCAAGACCAUGACAGAGGAUGAUGACAAAGAGGUAGUUGCACAAGCUUGCAUGAGUGUAGCGGACAUCGUGAAGGACUGUGGUUUCGCUGCAAUUGAACCUUACAUGCUAAGGUUUGCUGAGGCAACACUGGUUCUUUUGCGUCAAGAAUCAAGCUGUCAGCAAGUAGAGUCAGAUGGUGAGGAUGAUGGUGACAUUGAUCAUGACGAAGUCCUCAUGGAUGCAGUUUCAGAUCUAUUGCCUGCUUUUGCAAAAGUGAUGGGAUCUUAUUUUGAUCCUAUCUUUGCAAAAUUGUUUGAUCCAUUGAUGAAAUUUGCUAAAUCUCCCCAUCCUCCCCAAGAUAAGACUAUGGUUGUUGCAACCUUAGCUGAGGUUGCUCAGGAAAUGGGUGCUCCAAUUUCUGCUUAUGUUGAUAAGAUAAUGCCUUUGGUGUUGAAAGAGCUUGCAUCAUCUGAUGCUACUAAUAGGAGAAAUGCUGCUUUUUGUGUUGGUGAGAUAUGCAAGAAUGGGGGUGCUGCAGCACUAAAGUACUAUGGGGAUAUACUUCGUUCUCUGCAUAAUCUAUUUAGUAACUCAGAAUCAGAUGAUGCCGUAAGAGAUAAUGCUGCUGGUGCUAUUGCUAGGAUGGUAAUGGUGCAGCCUCAGUCAAUACCUCUCAAUCAGGUUCUUCCAGUGUUUAUCAAAGCUUUGCCACUAAAAGAAGAUCAUGAAGAAUCGAUGCCUGUCUAUAGUUGCAUCUGCAGUUUAUUAUUAUCAUCACAUCCCCAGAUCCUUCCUCUUGUGCCCGAUGUGAUACAUGUCUUUGCCCAAGUGGUGGUAUCCCCAGACGAGAGCGAUGAAGUGAAAACAAAUAUCGGCAAGGCUGUUUCUCAUUUGAUAUCUGUCUAUGGCCAGCAAAUGCAGCCUAUACUGAGCGCUCUGCCACCAGCUCAUGCGAACGCAUUGGCAGCAUUUGCCAGUAGAAGAUGAUCACAGAGAAGCAACAUUUCUUCAGUUCUUUGUUCUGCUGUAUUGUUUUGGUUUUGUCAAAUGGUUGCCAUUUUCUGAAGGCCAUCUUUCGUCGAAUCUGGUUAGGUGGAUCGAACCAGAUGGGAUGUCUGCAUCGGACAUUGGUGCGAGUGAGCAGAAUUUUUGUUUUCCUUUUUUUUUGGGAGUUAGUGCAUUGGUGCUGUGUGUGCGGUUCAUGGUGCCAAUCCUUGGCCAACAACGCAUUUGCUGAGUCUGCCUGUAUUCAGGUUCCGGUUUUGGUUAUUUAUGCUUGGUUUCAAAAUUCUUUACCGUGCUGUGCAAUUCGUUGAUUACUGUUGUAUAUAGAACAGUGUCCUUUUAUAUAUAGAAUAUAUAUGGCUUUUGCAACUUUA